UUAACAUAUGUUCGUUUUUGUUACAGAUUCAAAUGACGGUGACGCAGGAGUGAGAUGUUACUGCAACACUGCCCAAUGCGUGGGUACGGGCUACAUGUGCCGGUCUGCGCGCAGCGGGGGAUGCUACAGCGAAUUGCCCAGGCGCACGCACCACGCAAGGCACGGAUGCCUACAUCAUCUGGCUGAUACAGAAGAAGAAGCAUUGUCAAGAUGCCAGAACUCACCAGGAUCAGUGGGUCCUCCACCGUCGGCGGAACACUCUCUACUGCUCUGCUGUUUUAGGGACCUCUGCAAUCAUGAGGACAGUCCAUUGGCUAGAGCGAGACUCAACCUUACUAGUAAUGAAUUUGAAGGUCAGACAGUAGCCAGCGAACGAGGAGCGAACUACAACGGUGAGGUGUGGUUCAAAGCGGCCACCAUCGCGGUGCCAGUCUGCGGCGCCCUGAUCCUGUUCCUCCUAGUAGCCGUGGCUGUGAGGCUGCUGAAGGCAGAUGCUCUCCUACAUGCUGAUAGGAAACUUAGAGGCGGCUACAUGUCACCCUUAGCUCAACAUACGUCUGAUGACGUCAAAAAAGUAUGGGUGGGGACGCCAACCGCCCCCCUACUUGUGGCUCCUGGGGGGUGCCUGGUAGCGGUGGAAAGGGCCCAACUAGUCGACAGCCAACAACUCUGUGAUAUCCAACGAUAG